CAAAAAUUUGAUCGAACGCAGGUUUUUGUUCGGAAUUGAUUAAAUCUAUUUUCGGAAGAAAAUAACAAUUCUUCUAAUAUGAUUCAGUGAAUGUUGUGUGUAAAAUUUGUUGAAGCUGGCGGCGUUCGGUGCAAAAAUGUGGAUUCCUACGAAAUCACCAAAGAUAGCUGUCGCUGUUUAUAACUGGAAAGGCGAUGUUAGGUCUGGAUUGCCAUUGGAAAUUGGAGAGACCGUCCAAAUAUUGGAAGAAAAUGGAGUCUGGUACAGAGGCUUCAGCUCCAAGAACAGGUCUUCAUGGGGCAUAUUUCCAUCAUGUGUGGUGUCCAUAAGGCCAUGUAUUGUGAAGGGGUCCGGUGCCACGGCCAUAGCAGAGCUGAAGGAUGAUCCACUGGUCCGGGAGAUUGCAUGUGUCUUGAGAGAAUGGGCCAGGUUGUGGAAAAAGCUCUAUGUGGAGCGGGAGACCUACAGAUUCAGUGCAGUAGCCAAGGUGAUGCGGGAACUCCUAAGUGGCAGAAGAGCACUCCUAGCCGGGACCCUUACUCAAGACCAGACUCGAGCAUUGAGACUUAAGCUGGUCGCCAAACUGGACUGGGGGAAUAGAAAACUCGGACUGGAGUUGGUGCCCCGUCGUGGCGCGGAAGCGGUUGAUCCUGAGGAUAUGAGCCUAGUGGAACUAUACAGAGUCCAUGUUGAAAGCGCAGAAAGGGCAGCAGCGUGGCGAGGCACACUUCGCCGGGCAGGCGGUUCAGGCAGCAGCUUCAACUCAGGCACACUGACCUCAAACAGCUCCACCACAUCCAGUACCACAGUCCAGUCCCACCACCUCAUGUGCAGCAUGAGGGACUUUGGGCAUACUGCAGGCGGUGACGAGGCUGAGCUGCUACUUUGGCUUCACGACGCUAGGCGAGCUCAACCUUUGUCAGAGAGGUUCAGAAUCCGAAUAGCCAGAGACGGAUUCUCCAAUUACGUGGACAGAUUGCAUGCCAACAGUACUUUAUUUGCGGAUCUAUCAACGACGGAUCUUUCUCGCGAGUUAUGGCUGGUCGCGUGGGUGAUACGGGUGGGGCGAUGGGCUGGUGCCGGUAGCAGCGGGAGUGGGACCGGAGAGCGACGAGGCCCUGUGGCUAGAAGACCUUUGGGCGCUGGAGUUCUACCUCUAGCUGAGUUCUUAAGGCAGCCUGGACAACACCCUGGCGAGAAAGAAUAUACGUUUAAAGUGUACCAAUGCGAGGAAAAAGACUUCCAUCAGCUACAUGACAUGCUAAUAAGGAAACAAACAAACAAAUGCAAUAUUCUACCUGGACAACCCAAUUACGGUAUCGUAGUGGCUCUUCGUCUCUUAUCAAACGCGGGGAGCAUAUCUGAAGCAGUCGGUUCCGGGGCCACUGUCACAGCUAAACGAGGUUUCCCUGACGUCAUCAUGCCCGGUGACGUCCGCAACGACCUCUAUCUGACUUUAGAGAAAGCAGAAUUCGAAAGAGGCGGGAAAAGUACGGCGAAGAAUGUUUUAGCAACUGUCACUGUUCAUGAUAGUACGGGACAAGUUAUAAAUGAAUGUGUAUGGGGAGCGAGUGGCAAUGGGUCUACGUCAUACGAGUCAGUAGUACUAUACCACAACAACAGUCCUGCGUGGGGAGAGCACCUUCGCCUCACCGUGCCAUUAGAAACAUUUACCAAUGCGCAUGUCCGCAUCGAGUUCAGACAUUGUUCUACGAGAGACAAAACUGAGAGAAAACUAUACGGUUUCGCGUUCGCCCGACUGAUGGAAGCUAGUGGGGCUACUUUGAGAGACGGUGCACAUGAACUGUAUGUGUACAAGUGCGACGAUCCUACCAAACUGACAUCAGCGAGUUACCUGUCGCUGCCAUCAUGCGCGGCAGACAGUGCUCGCGCGGGUUCCGUCAACGGUGUGGUGCCAACAUUCCAAAGAAGUUCCAAAGAAAACUGUACCAUCAGCACACUGCUGUGUUCUACAAAAUUAACUCAAAAUGAGGAUCUCCUAGCCUUACUCCAAUGGCGCGCCCGUCCAGAGAAGGUGCAAGAGACAUUACUUCGUGUACUAAGACUGGGCGACGGACUCAGCUGUGAAGAGCUGAUUAAGUUUCUCAGAGAUGUACUGGAUGCUUUAUUUGCACUGUUUUCCACUGAAGAUGGAAAUAGCACUCCACAUUCAGGCACGGUGUUCCUGGUUCUGAUAUCGAUAUGCAGCUUGCUAGACGAGAGCCGGUUUCAACAUUUCAGGCCGGUACUAGAUGUAUAUAUCGAAGAACAUUUCUCUGCAGCUCUAGUUUACAAAGGCCUUCUCUCGUCAGUACAACACUGUGCCGAAUGGGCAGCUAGUGCGGAAGGUCAGGAACCAAUUCGCAAGUGUCUCCGAUCUUUAGGAGCAGUAUUCAGGCUGGCUGUGAGGUCCCGACGUCUAUUCGCCAGAGCGACCGGUGGACAGUAUGAAGAUAGCUUUAGAAGAGAUGUAAGGGCUGCCCUACAUGCGCUAAAGGCGUUUGCGCAACAUCCCUAUAAGGAACAUCUUGCGCCGGCUCAGGUGGCGCUGAUGUCGUCGUGGGCGGAGGUGUCCCGCGAGGUGUGCGGCGCGCUGGGCGCGGGCGAGGCGGCGCGCGCGGCGGCCGCGCUGCUGGACGCGCCGCACCACCUGCCGCCGCCGCCGCCCGCGCUCGCGCGCGCCCGCCUCCGCGCCGCGCAGGACAUACUCAAGGGGCCGCUCGGGGAGGAUCCUGAAGCAAGAAACAUAAUACUAACAACUGCCUGUCACCAUUUACGAGUGCACCUCGCUCGACGCGACGAGCUUCAACAAUGUGCGGAAAUGAUUGGAGAGUUAGUUGCUCUAUUGUGGAAGAAACCAGACCCUGAUCGACCAGUAGAAGAUGAUGAACUGGAUCCCGACGUUGAUGUACUCUGUCUGAAUACCUUGGAUGUGUUGGUGGAGACUGUGCUACAUCUGAUUGGAGGGAACUCGCCUGUACUUGGAUCAAUGGUAGCUGGUCUUCUCGGUGUAAUGGAGUUACUAAAGCCUGUCCAUUAUCAGCGACUGUGGAGCCAUCUUGCUCCACACCCCCAUGAUCGGAAGCCGCUGAAAGACUUCUUGAUGCGAGCCUUCUUAGUGUUCAGACAUCUUAUUAAACAGGACGUGUUCCCAGCAGACUGGAUGGUAUUGCGAGUACAAAGCUGUAAGGUUCUUCUGUCAGCGCUCCAAGACCUGGCUCAGCCGCUACUCGAAAGGUUCCUAGGAGACGAACCGCCUCAGUUUGAUUCACAGUUAUGGUCAGGCUACAUGGAGUUAGGCGUGGCUCUAGUGACAUCUACAGCGCUACAACCGGAACGCUGGUCGGGUCGCGGGCCGGACAGACCGCGCAUGCGCGCCGCCGCUGGAAUGAGGGUCUUGGCUACUUGGAAUCUUUUAGGUCCGGCCCAAUUACACUUAGUACCAGGAGCAGUAGGAGCUCUCCUAGAAAUAACUCUAGUAGGCGAACUUCGUCGCGCGGCGCUAGGGGCGCUGGUGUCGCUAAUGGCAGCAGAACGCGCUCACGCCGGUCACGCCCGUCGUACUGAGGCAGCGCUGGUCGACAAACUCGAUUCACUCGUCGCAGACAACAAGGCGGAUGACCAUUACCGACGACUCUUUGAUACUGUGUUGAUGGAACGAGUGUCAACGGAAGGUUGGAGGGAAGCUGGUGCCGCGUUCGUGGCGUGCGUGACUCGCUUAUUGGAGCGCUUGCUGGACUACCGCGCGGUCAUGCAAGGAGCUGAACAUAGGGACAAGAGAAUGGCCGCUACUGUCAAUUUAUUGAACUUCUACAAGAACGAAAUAGAUCGUAAGGAGAUGUACCUGCGUUACGUAUACAAACUCCAUGACCUUCACAUCGCGUCCGAUAACUUCGUCGAAGCGGGCUGCACAUUACUGCUGUACGCAGAAACGUUGAGUUGGGAAAGCGAUCAGAUUGGCGUCGACCCCGAGUACCCUGAGAUGCCCGAGUGGAAGCGUAAAGAAGCGAUCUACAACCAAGUUCUCCAAUAUUUUGAUCGCGGAAAGUGCUGGGAAAAGGGUCUGCCCCUACUCCGUGAGCUAGCAACGCUGUAUGAAGUAAAACUAUGCGACUACCCACGUCUCUCACACUGUCUACGAACUCAUGCGACCUUUUUGGAUUCCGUUAUGGAACAACUAAGGCCUGAACCUGAGUACUUUAGAGUCGGAUUCUAUGGAAAGGGAUGUCCUUUGUUUGUGAGGAACAAGCAGUUCGUAUACCGCGGCCACGACUACGAGCGUAUCGGCGCGUUCACGCAGCGUCUGCAGGCUGAGUACGUCGCUGCCCAUAUACUCAUGCGGAACACUCAGCCCGACGACUCCAUCAUUGCCAACGAUGGACAGUACAUUCAAAUCUGCAACGUGAAGCCGGUAGCGUCUCGUCGUCAAUGGCCGUCCGGUACUCCAGAACAAGUGAAACGAUUUUACGCCUGCAAUGACGUCGAUACCUUCCUCUGUGACCGUCCUCUACAGAAACCUCCCAUCGACAAAGAUAAUGAGUUCAAGAGCCUUUGGAUUGAACGAACUACUUUAGUGACAGAAAAUACACUGCCAGGUAUUCUACGAUGGUCCGAAGUAAUUUCGAGAUCUGUUGAAGAAAUUCCACCAGUAGAAUACGCCUGCGAAACAAUGGAAGCAACAGAGCGAGAGCUCCGCAGCCUUAUCUCACAAUACACGGCCGACCCUACAUUAAACAUAAACCCAUUCUCCAUGCGACUGCAAGGGACUAUAGACGCUAACGUACAAGGCGGUAUCACGAAGUAUGAACAAGCGUUCAUGACGGCUGAGUUUGCAAGGAACGCGACUCCCAGGGAGGCGGCCGCCGCGGCUAAACUACGGAGGCUCGUGUCUUCUCAGCUCGCUGUGGUAGACGCUGGUCUUACUCUGCAUGGAAGAUUGGCUCCUGAAGAUGUUAAGCCGUUACACAGGCGACUCGUGGAACGAUUUAACCAACUGCGCCAAAACUUGGGACCGGGUUUGGCUCGUGCGCGCAGACAACUAUCAGAAAGUAUUGUCAACACUCCACUACCUCCGGUCCCAGCACUGGACAAGCGAUCACAGAGCAUACAACAAAGCGAUAAUUACUACGACGACGGCCAUCUUUAUGACAAACCGCUGUCUAUGGAAGACGCAAUGGAACAACAGAGUAUAAUGUCAAGCAGUCUCCCGAUCAGUGACAACCGCGACUGUGUCGAGGAUAAUUCCAUGAUCAAGUCCGCACCUCCGCUGCCCAUCAGACCAAAGUCCGGAGACCCUAGAAGUCCGACGAGACCACCCCUGGAGAAGUACCGGGACUCGAUUGACGGUGAUUUGGUAGAUCAGUGCAGACACAGCCGCGCAUCUUGGAGCGAGCCUGGAGAUGCUCCUCCAUUACCACCUAGAGUUUCAGGAGACAAACGGUCAUGGAUAGAAGCCCCGCCCGCCAUUCCCCGCCGCGGGCCGCGUUGUAUAGACACGCCGGACGACGCGCGGGACUCCGGCGUAAGUGUAGACCAUGCGUACGGAAAUGCAGAUGAACAUGGACAUCUGCACAAAGAUUUAGAUCUCACAGUAGACUCACUACGAUAUGAGGAAAUAAUCUCAAUGAUGUCGGAACCACUGCGGGUGGACGAGGGCGAGAAACCCCCUCCAAUACCACCUAAGGGACUCGGCCAUCUUAGUUCCUUCGAUUCAGGACACCACGAGAACGGCGAAUCACACUGUUAAAGUAAGAUCAUGUUUUUUGUUGUAAGCCAAUGGCGCUAGUGAGACCUAAAGUCCUUUUGAUAAAAUGAGAACUAACGAUUUUUUGCUUACUUACUACAAAUGCCACAAUUUCAGCCUGUUUUUUUAGAGUUUCUUUGUGCCAAACUAUUGAACCAAUGCAGCAAAUUUUUGCCAGCUCUAGUGAUGGGCAGAACAGACUUCACGUUGCAUUAACGCCAUUUCGCGAGCGAAAAUCAAUAGUAGUUGUAGUUCUCAUUAGGUGAUCUGUUAAGGUGACAAUUUUCUACAAAAUACAGACUUUAUACUACAUUAACUGAGAAUAAGAAAUUUGAUUUUAAUGCUUUGUCAAAUGUAACGUCUGGCAGUAUAGCCGACAA